GCAACUCUUUAUUCCUUACCCUUCCUUACUUUCCUUCCUUCUUCACUAUACUACGUAGGAUUUUAGGUAUCAAAUUCCAAAAAACAAGUUCUCUGUUUUUUUUUUAUUAUUUAGAAAAAAAUAUUGAAUUUCAAGAAUGCCCAUAUGCUGAAGUAAGCUUUAUUGUCAGUAAAGCACCUACCUUUGGCAUUUAUUUGUUUGUUUGUUAGUUCUUACAAGUUUGUAUAUAAUCUUGGCGGCUUUUCUUUCUUUUUUUUCCAUGGCUUUAGAUCAAGGCUUAAAUUCUGGACUAGUGUCUUGUAAAGCACUUCCUUUGUCUUGUCAGCUGGAGCAUUCCCUUUUUGCAGAAUCAAAAGGCAUUAUAUUCAUAUGAUUGCAUCAAGAAGAGGAAAAAUAUAAUAAAAUUUUGGCAGUCACUUAGGAAGAGAAGAUGAUUUUUGCAAAGAUAUUAAAAUCAGAAAAGAGAAAUGUGAUUGUGGGAAUUCGAUUUGAUGGACAUAUUAGAGAGUUGUUGAAUUGGGCUAUUGUAAAAGUUGCAGAACCUGGAGACAGAGUUAUUGCUCUACAUGUUUGUCGAAAUGCCGAAUCAAUUGCAAACGUUAAAUCGACGUUGGACACUUAUCUAUAUGAUUACGAUAGCUUGUGUAAUAAAAAGCAGGUUGAUCUUAUUUCUCUGGUGUUUGAAGGAAGUUCUAUUAGAAGAGUUUUGGUGAGGGAAGCAAAGAACCAUGCUGCAUUAGCUGUAAUAGUAGGAACUAGCAAGCAUAGUACUCUUGGGAGCUGGACCUCAAUUGCUAAAUAUUGUGCAAAGAGGCUGCCUACCACUACUGAAGUUAUGGCCAUUGACAACGGGAAGGUUUUGUUUAGAAGAACCUCUACUUCUCGACUCAAAGGUUCUUUUGGUGAUCCAAAACCAAGUCUUUAUCUAGAAAGAAUUUCUACUUUAAAGGAUUGCGAAUCUGAAUUUGGCGAAUCUGAGAUAUCUGAGACGGGAAGGUUCAGUUGUGAAGUAACUAGAACUUUGGAGAGAUGGACAAAUGGUACACAGAACAUAAAAGAGGAAAAUACAAGUCCUUCAGGAAAACACAAGAAAGGUUCUCUUUCACUGGGUUCAAUUUCUCUUCCUACUGAAGAUUGUGCUGUUGAUACUACUCCUGGUUGGCCCCUUUUACAAACUGCGAGUUCAUUGAAUGAACCUGCUAAAGUAGUAAGAAAGAUGUCGGUAGUGCAGUGGGUGAUGACCUUGCCAAAUAGAUCUAUGUUAGAUAGUCCAAAAUCAAAUUCUUCUCCAAAAGAGAACCAAAAUGCUUUUGGAACGGAAAACAAUUACUCCAUCAUGGAUUGUAUUGAAAAGGAAAGUGCAUCAGUUUGUAACCAGCUGAUAAAAGAUUCAUUUGGCUGCAAAUGGUUUAGCUAUGAUGUUUUAAGAUCAUUGACUUCUAACUUCUCCUCGGAGAAGUUGAUUGGUAAAGGAGGGGAAAACAGUGUAUACAAAGCAGUCCUUUCUGAUGGAAAAUCAGUGGCGGUGAAGGUUUUGAAUGCAUCAGAGGAAGCAAGGAAGGAUUUCAGGCAGGAAAUGGACAUUAUGACCAGAGUGAACCACAAGAAUAUUGCUCAUCUACUUGGAAUUUGCAUAGAGGAUUCUGAUCUGAUAUCCGUUUACGAUUUUCUUUCAAAUGGGAAUUUAGAAGAAAAUAUACAUGGAAGAACCAAAUCAGUAUUGCGAUGGGAAAGAAGAUUCAGAAUAGCUGUUGGAAUCGCAGAAGCUUUAAAUUACCUACACAAUGAAUGUCCAAGGCCUAUUAUUCACAGAGAUGUCAAGUCAUCAAACAUUCUUCUCAGUGAUGAUUUUGAACCACAGCUAUCCGAUUUUGGGUUGGCGAUAUGGGGACCCACAAAGGCGUCAUUCUUGACUCACAGUGACGUGGUAGGAACAUUUGGUUAUCUAGCACCAGAGUAUUUUAUGUAUGGGAAAGUAAGCGAUAAGAUUGAUGUCUACUCCUUUGGUGUGGUUCUGCUGGAACUAUUAUCAGGGAGAAAAGCUAUUGGCUUUGAGACUCCCAGUGGUCAAGAAAGUUUAGUUAUGUGGGCAAAACCUAAGUUAGAAAGUGGGAAUUUCAACGCCAUUCUGGAUGAGAACUUGAAUGUAAAUAUUGAAGAUGAUCAAGUCCAAAGAAUGGUUCUUGCAGCAAGACUCUGUCUUACACAGGCAGCACGGCUACGUCCCAACAUAAGCCAGAUCCUGAAGAUGUUGAAGGGAGAGAAAGAUGGGAAUGAAGAAGCUAUUGCUAGAAACAACAAUAUAGAAGAAUAUAAUGAUGAUGAAGUAUAUCCAGAUUCAAGUGCUGAGUCCCAUUUAAGUCUUGCAUUUCAUGAUAUUAAUUAUGAUAAUUCGACAUGUUUCAGCAGUAGUCAGGACCAAAGCAGUCCUCUUUCUUCUGUAGAUGAAUAUUUGAGAAAAAGAUGGAGCAGAUCAUCAAGCUCUGAAUAUUAGUAGCUUAUAAUAAGUUUGCAAUCUGUCAUUGUACAGUUGGAAAAAAGAAAAAAGCACCCAUUGUUGAGGUGAUUAGAUGGUAGAAGGAACCAAAAAACUUUGUGAUAUAUUAGCAACAAAGUUUCUCAACCCCACAGAUAUUUUGCAAUUCUGUGGAUCACAUUUGAAAUUUGUGUGUGAUAAAAAUAUUGUGUUUGUAAUAAAGUUCUUUAAUAUUUUAUUCUUCUUCUUUUUUGAAA